AUGAGCUUGUGUUGCUCCGCUUCUCACCUACGGAAAUUGAAAGUAUCCAGAACCGCCAAUCACCUGCUUUCGCGCGGUCUAACAACCCACAAUCACCAUGAGGAACACAGUAACAGCCACACCUUCAACGACAACCAGAAAACACCAAACCCAGCUGAUUGGGACCUCAUUGCUGUAUUAACACGACCUGGCUCUCUAUCUAAUUCCUACUUUCUCAACAAAAUCGUGUCGGUUUGUGCCAAAUCCGGUUCUCUCCAUUUGGGCAUUCAAGUCCACUCAACUAUUCUCAAAUUGGGUUUUACGUCAAACGUGUAUAUCUGUAGUGCCGUUGUUGAUAUGUACGCAAAAUGCGGCGAAAUUUCAAGUGCACAAAUAUUGUUUGAUCAAAUGCCUCAAAGAACUGUUGUUACGUGGAAUUCGUUGAUUGUUGGGUAUAUGACUGUCAAUUGUCCGAAAAUAGCCAUUGAAGUGUUUAUUAAGAUGUUAAAAGCCGGUGAAAAUGUGACAGCGUUUAGUGUUUCGAGUUGUCUGGCUGGUUGCUCGAAAUUAGAGGUCAGAAAACUUGGGGCUCAGGUUCAUGGGCUAAGUUUGAAAACUGGAUUGUGUUAUAAUGUUGUUGUGGGAACGGGUUUAGUUGAUAUGUACUCAAAGUGUGGCGAUGUUGAUGAUUCUAGGCGGGUUUUUGAUCAUAUGGUGAAUAGGAAUGUAAUUACCUGGACUUCUAUGGUUACUGGGUAUUCACAGAUGGAAAAACCCGAUGAAGCAAUUGUUUUGGUUAGAGAAAUGGUGCGUCAGGAUCUCAGGCCAAAUUGUGUAACCUAUAAUAGCUUGCUAAGUUCAUUUUCUGGUCCUGAUUGUUUAAGUUAUUGCCUGCAAAUUCAUUGUUGUAUAAUUCAUUUAGGUUUAGAGUCUAAUGUAUAUAUAGCAGCUACUCUGGUGACUGUGUAUUCAAAGUGUAGUAGUAGCUUAGAGGACUUCAAGAAGGUGUGCUCAGUUGUUACGUCACGUGACCAUAUAGCUUGGAAUGCAGUCAUUGCUGGUUACUCUAAAUUAGGGCAUCAUGAGGAAGCUCUCAGAUGUUUCUGUGAAAUGAAGCAAGCCCGUAUUGAUGUAGACUCUUACACGUUAACAAGUGUGGUAGGAGCAAUUGGGAAUAGUUCAUCCCUUGAAGAGGGAAAGGCAAUGCAUUCUCUCAUUUACAGAACCGGCUAUAUUUCACAUGUGAAUGUUCAAAACGGGCUUGUUUCCAUGUAUGCGAGAUGUGGAGCUAUAAGUGAUUCAAAGAGGGUCUUUUGGUUCAUGGAGGAACAUGAUCUGAUCUCAUGGAAUGCACUUCUAACAGCAUGUGCUCAUCAUGGAUAUGGCAGAGAAGCUGUGGAAUUGUUUGAACAAAUGAGGAAAACUGAAAUCAAGCCGAAUAGUUCAACCUUCCUUGCUGUGUUGUGUGCUUGUAGCCAUGUUGGUUUUGUGGAUAAGGGACUUGAGUAUUUUGACAUGAUGAAAAGUGAUAUUCUGCUAGAACCCCCUAUGGUAGAGCAUUAUGCCUGUCUUGUAGAUAUUUUUGGUCGAGCUGGGCAUCUUAAUGAGGCGGAAGCCUUCAUUAGUAGCAUGCCUCUAAUACCAGCGCCCUCAGUCUACAAAGCUCUUCUUAGUGCUUGUCUGGUUCAUGGAAAUAGAGAGAUUGCUGCACGUUCUGCAAAAAAGCUUCAGGAGCUUUGGCCUAAUGAUCCAGCGACAUAUGUACUGCUAUCCAGUGUAUUGACUAUGGAGGGUAAUUGGGACGAUGCUGCAGAUUUACGGAAAUUGAUGUGUGAUAGAAGGCUAAGGAAGAAGCCUGGUUAUAGUUGGACUUGA